AAACACACAGUUCGAUUUUGAAUGUGAUUUUAUUGAAUAAAUAAAUGAAAAUUACAUAAAUCAUCGUAUUCAAUUGUAGAUUUGAUUCUUUUACUUAUGAAACAAGUAUAAGUAGUAGUUUUUUUUAAUCCAAUUGUAGUGUCAUUUUAAUUUUAAAUCCUUUUUUGGUGAAAUUGGUGAUUAGUCAUCAAAGAUAAUAAAUAGAUAACUGUCUCAGAUAAACAUAGUUAAAAUGUUUCCUGAUAAGCGUUUGUUUCAAGUUUUUGUGUAUGGCACAUUGAAAAAAGGCGAACCAAAUCAUCAUUGGUUAACAAAUAAAGACAAUGGAUUUGCACGAUUUGAGUGCAAAGGAACAACUGAAAAAAAGUUUCCGCUUCUAAUAGCAACGAAAUACAACAUUCCGUUUCUAUUGGAUAAUGCACCGGAUACUGGCCACAAUAUUUGUGGCGAAGUUUAUUCCGUUGAUGAAACAAUGUUCAAAAAUCUGGAUGAACUUGAAGACUAUCCAGAGCUAUACGACCGAAACGUAUUCAAUGUAAACGGUCUCGAUGGAAAUUCUCACCAAUGUUGGAUCUAUUUGCUUAAAAAGUAUCCAGAUGAAUUUCUAAAAAAAGAGAGAUUCAUCAGCGAAUAUAAAGAUUCAGUUGAGAAGCCAUAUUGCGAAAACUACCUUGAUACCUGCACUCCAGAAGAUUUAUACAAUUCAUAAAACUACAGUUAUUCCAAUAGAUUUCAACAUAUUGAAAAAUCCAAAUGUAAAUAUGGAUUCAAUUUAUUAAACUUGUAUCAAAAUGUUGGUCAAAUAUAUGAAAAAGAUAAUCUACUUUUUGA